AUGGCACCCGUGAACGAUUUAACAGUAAUGAAAUAUGGUGAUUUACAGAAAGAGUUAACGCGGCGUCAUCUUAAAGCAACUGGUAAACGUGACGUAUUGAUUCAUCGUUUAACACAGGCAAUGGAAGAUGAAGACGACGACAGUGUUCAAUACCUAAGGUGUGAUUUUCUUCGAAAAGAUCCAGUAUUUCUUUUACGAACAACUCAGUCUGACGAUGUCAUCGAAGUCAUAAAUGAGCGCAAUAGAAAUGACGAUCAAGAAGAAUGUGUUGAUUUAACAGUAACCGUUGACGAUAUAUUAAGACUAAAAACGAAACAAUUGAAAGAAAUUUUAAAUGGACAUCGUAUCAAAUAUCCACAGACAGCAAGAAAAGAAGAAUUACGUGAAAAAGUCAAACAGUGUUUAAGUAUCAAGCAAAGAAAAUUAUCAUUAUCAGGUGGAAAACGAAAAGUGACUGAAAAGAAAACAGAAAGAAGAAAUACUGGUACAGAUCAUAUAAUCAAAAAUCAUUUAAGAUUUUCAAGUUCGUCAAUAUCGAUUUCUUCUUCGUCAACUCGUCUAUCUACACAAACACGUUCAUCUAUUAAACGUCUUAGUCCUAAACGUCAAUUAAAUAGAAAAGAAAAAUCGUCAUUUCAACACAAAUCACAGCAUAGUAGUGAAAAACGAAAAGUUGUAGAUAAAAAAAUUAUUUCGAAGAAGAAAAAAUCAUCAAAAACUACAACAAAACGAAAACAACCAAAAGCACAACAAAAUUACCGUCCAUUAGCCUAUUAUGAAGAAGAGAGUGAUAGUGAUAUGUGUAAAAUAUGUUGGGAAAAACAAAUUGAUUGCGUGUUUAUUGAAUGUGGCCAUUUAAUUGCUUGUACAUCGUGUGGUAAUGAUUUUUAUAUGAAAGAAUGUCCAAUGUGUCGUCAAACAGUGACACGAAUUAUCAAAGUGUUUAAAUCAUAA